ACCAACAAAAUUUACUCAUAAUAGAAUAGGCAAACGGAGAGGUUGCAUGAUUCUGUCCCAGGUUUAACUGGCCCACACAUCGUGAAACAACCUACGAAUCGGUAGCACUAUCAUAGCGGCACGUGAUAUCGAACCGGAUGACCGGUGGUCACCUGUAAACUCCGUACGUACUGGCGACCCUGCAACUGGAAUUAUUAUAUUUUUUCCCCCUUCCGAAAAACAUAAAAUGUUAGGAUUAAAUUAUUAAAUAUCACUUGUUUACUUGCUUUCUCUCUCUCGCUCUCCGUGUCGCUCCUCCGUCUUUUGCCGUCGGGGAUCGCCUCGGUCCGGAGUAUCGUCUUCGUCCUCUCCUGCCGAUUUCGUUCGGAUCGCUACGCCGCGUCGUCUCGCAUCGCGUUCGGCGAAGUGUGCUAUCGAUCUCUGAAGUGGUUGAAAGCGAAUAUGGAGUUUGAUCUCAAUGUGGUCUCAGCUGGCGAGUCCCAUGCGGCGCUGCCUAAUGUCUCUGAAUCUUCGAGCAACGCGUCGUCGGCCUGCGACGAGGACUCCCGCUCUGCCAACGGUUUCGACGUCCUCGUGGGUCGCCUAAAACAGCCGAUAAGUGAUGUUGACGAUGACGAGGACGACAAUGAGGUGGUGGAGGUCUGUGGUUUAUCUCUGGAGACGAGCAAGGUGACUCGGCAGCUUUUCCCCCUAUCGUCGCCGCUGCACCCUCACGAACCCGCAAACCCUUUUGGCUUCGGUAACGAUAAGGAGAAGGUGGGGUCCGCAGCCAUGCCGGAGUUGGAGAGGAACUCAUUGCUACAGAGGCAGCAACAACUGGCGAAGAAGAGCAGACGAGGACCGAGGUCCCGUAGUUCGCAGUACCGCGGAGUUACUUUCUACAGGAGGACUGGGAGAUGGGAAUCCCACAUAUGGGAUUGCAGCAAACAAGUCUAUUUGGGAGGUUUCGAUACUGCUCAUGCUGCAGCAAGAGCAUAUGAUCGCGCAGCAAUCAAGUUCCGGGGGCUUGACGCUGACAUCAAUUUUAAUCUCAGUGAUUAUGAUGAGGAUUUGAAGCAGAUGAGAAACCUUUCCAAGGAAGAGUUUGUGCAUAUUCUUCGUCGGCAAAGCAAUGGAUUUGCAAGAGGAAGCUCAAAGUACAGAGGGGUGACACUUCACAAAUGUGGCCGUUGGGAGGCUCGCAUGGGGCAGUUCCUUGGCAAAAAGUAUAUUUAUCUAGGCUUAUUUGAUAGUGAAGUUGAAGCUGCAAGGUCUCACUUCUCUUUUGCUAUGAUAAAGAUUAUGCUCCUAAAUACAUUAAUGAUUUAUAACUUGGUAGUUUUCAAAUUCUUGUCAUUUUUUCUUUUGAUCUUUAGAGCAUAUGACAAGGCUGCUAUCAGAUGCAACGGAAGAGAAGCUAUCACCAAUUUUGAGCCAAGCCUUUAUGAAGAGGAGUUACUCCCUGAGACUGAGAAUGAAGAUGUAUCUGAUGAUGUUGAUUUACGCUUGAGAAUUUCUCAACCUAAUAUCCAUAGCCCAAAGAGGUGCAGCAACACUAGUACUAAUAUCAGUUGUGGCUCAAUGGAAGCUGCAAAUGCUCAGACUAAAAGCCCCAGUCAUCCUGUUACUCAUCCUCGUUUGGAUAUGGCAUCUCAGCAUCCUCGUUCUUUAAAUUAUAACCUGGGCUUCUCUCCUUCCAGUGAGAAAAGGACUCCCCAGAGACCACCCACGUUAGGGUCCCAAAUUCUCCCAGACAGGACAUGGCAUAUGCGCGGUCCGACUACAUUGCCAUUGGGCUCUUCUGCAGCAUCAUCAGGAUUCUCUACAGCCACCGUCGCGGCGGUCUAUCCUUCUCCGCCUGUACUACCACCUCCAAACUCCGGUCGAUUCCAUUUCCUUCCAUCGGCAACCACUAGCUACUACUACAGAAACUAAUUACACAUUCGAUGACCGUUUGCGAGCUUUGAAACCGUGUACUUGUUGCAGUAACGUUUAAGUUGUAUGAUAUUGCACUGUAGCAGCUGGUAGGUCAAGGAAAGAGAGUUAAAUGCCGAGUAGGGCUAUGCAUUCGAUGUACUAAGAUCGUAUGUAGGCUGUGAAGCUGUUAUGCCUAUCCGGCCAUCCCGCUAUUUGUGUUGUUUACCAGUGUAGCUGGUCCUGCAGCUUAAAACAUGUAGUUUUUUAAAAGCUGCCCCCUUUUCGUUCU